UUUGUUCUUCCUUUUGGCGGAACCCUAUCUCUGCUCCUUCCAUCUUUCUCUCUCUCCUUUGUUCUUUUAUUUAUCUCUCUAAAGUGUUUUCUUCUUUUCUAACUAAAAGAAGAUUAAAAUAUGUCAAGUGCUUUAGAGAUGUCACUAGAUGACCUCAUCAAGCGUAACCGUAAGUCCGGAUCCGGUAAUCCCCGCGGUCGAGGCCGUGGAUCUGGAGCUGGUCCCGUCCGUCAUUUUCCUAACCGAGGACGAAGCCGCUCGGCACCGUAUGCCACCGCUAUGGCGCCGGAGACGACGUGGAAGCACGACAUGUAUUCGGAUAAGGGAGCGGCGUUCCAAGGUCAAGCUGAUCGGGCCUCCGCAAUAGAAACUGGAACGAAGCUCUACAUCUCUAAUUUAGAUUAUGGAGUUUCUAACGACGACAUCAAGGAGUUAUUUUCCGAGGUUGGCGACCUGAAACGAUAUGCAAUUCAUUAUGAUUGGACUGGUAGAUCGAAGGGAACAGCAGAAGUUAUCUUCUCACGGAAAGCUGAUGCUAUAGCUGCAGUCAAGAGAUACAACGAUGUUCAGCUCGAUGGGAAGCCAAUGAAAAUUGAGAUUGUGGGAACAAACAUUGCUACUCGUGCAGCUCCUGCUGCACCUAUAUUUGCUAAUGUUGCCUUCGGAAAUUCAAAUGGAGUUCCAAGGGGUGGCCGUGGCAGGGGUGGAGGAUUUCGUAGGCAACCUGGUGUUGCUGGAGGCCGUGGUUUUGGAAGGGGCCGUGGAAGGGGAAGGGGCCGUGGAGAGAAGGUUUCUGCAGAAGAUCUUGAUGCUGAUCUAGAGCAGUAUCAUACUGAAGCAAUGCAGACAAAUUGAAUGAAUGCUCAUGUUCUGUUGGUUGGCUUCAAGUCUUUUUCUACUAUGGACAUUAUGUGCUUGAUGCUCAAUUACUUUGUGUAUCUCUGCUAAACUCACUCUUUAGAGGAACUAGUCAUGGAGAGAACUGUUAGUGUCUUGAGUUUUAUGGAGUUUGGGCUUUUACUGUUGAUUGUCCCUUUGACUUGGGUAUAAAGAACGUGGAUUAGUGGAAAGCUAUCAUUUUGUAAUCUUCAAUUAUGCUUUUGGUUC